UGUUUUAUCGUUUACAAUGCCUACUUUUUUGUUCCUAAAUUUUUUAUUUCUCAUUCAUCCAGCUUUUCAAAUAUCAGAUAGUGACACUUUUUUGAUAUACAAUGAAAAUCUUCAUCUUUGCCUAAAACUUCAAGAAUCUCGUUCCUUCACCUUUGAAAUCUGCGACAAGUUUAAUGAAUGGCAAAAUUUUAAGUGGGUAUCCGAUUAUCAAUUAUUGAAUAUGGCAGUGAAGUUAUGCCUGAGUGUGCCUUCAAAUUCAAGCAUGGUUUCAGUUACACUAUCACCGUGCAAUGAAACUAUUGAAUUACAGAAAUGGGAAUGCAGAAAUAACACGUUGCUUGCCCUUGUAAAACAAGAUUUGUUUUUAAAUCCUGCUAAUGGCCAUGAGAAUGGGAUUAUACUAUCAGAAAACCACUCCGCAAAAAGUGUUUGGAAGAUCUAUGGAACAAAGAAGAGCUUGUGUGACCAGAAAUAUGAAGCUCUAUUCACUAUAGAAGGCAAUUCCUUGGGAGCACCUUGUGUGUUUCCUUUCAAGUAUAUGAAUAAAUGGCAUGCUAAAUGCAUAGUUGAUGAUGAACACGAACAAUUUUGGUGUGGAACAACUUCAGAUGUGGACAAAGACUCUUUAACUGGAUAUUGUCCAAUAAAAGAUGAAAAUAAUGACUUUUUCUGGAUCAAAAAUCACUGGACAGGAGAUCUCUACCAAAUCAAUUUCCUCUCAGCUCUAACAUGGAAUCAAGCAAGAAAAAGCUGUCAGCAACAACAUUCAGAAUUAUUGAGCAUCAAUGAACUAUAUGAACAAGGAUAUUUGGCAGGAUUAACAAGUAAUUUUGAAGCCAACUACUGGAUUGGUUUGAAUAAUCCAGAUUUUGACAGUGGAUGGCAGUGGAUUAAUGACCAACCUUUAAGAUAUUUAAACUGGGCUCCAGGUAGCCCCUCUUCUGAAACAGGAAAAAACUGUGGAUUGAUGCAGGGUAGGAAUGGCAAAUGGGCAAAUAAUCUGUGUGAACAGAAAUGUGGAUAUAUCUGUAAAAGAAUGAACUCUUCAAAACAGGCAUCUGCACCUUCUUCAGAUGAUCUUAAGCCAAUUAAAUGUCCAGAUGGCUGGGUUGGGUAUGCAAAGCACUGUUACCGUCUGAACAGAGAUCGCAAAACGUGGAAGGGUGCCUCAGUCUCUUGCCAAAAGGAUGGUGGACAUUUACUAAGUAUACAUGACAUUGAGGAAUACAGCUUUGUUUUUUCUCAGCUUGGCUACGAAUCGACAGAUAAUUUGUGGAUAGGACUAAAUGACCAGAAGGUUUCUUCAUAUUUUGAAUGGAGUGAUGGUACUACUGUGAGUUUCAUCAAAUGGCAGAAAGGAGAACCCACACUUAUAAGCAACGUGGAGGAAGACUGUAUCAUCAUGACUGGGAAGAAUGGAUACUGGGCAGAUCAUUUCUGUGAAGAGGAAUUAGGAUACAUCUGUAAAAAAGAGCCUUCAGAAUUUCUUCCUGGAACAGAUGAAGUUGCUGAUCCAAAAUGCCAGAAAGGCUGGAAAAGGUAUGGUUUCUAUUGUUACUUAAUUGGAAAGACACCUGGAACAUUUUCAGAAGCAAAGAAAUUGUGUGAAACAAACCAAGGAUUUCUGAUCUCUGUGGAGAAUAGAUUUGAGCAGGCCUUCCUGACUAGCCAAAUUGGACACCGUCCUGAAAAAUAUUUCUGGAUUGGCCUUUCGGAUGUAGAGAAUCCAGGGACUUUCAACUGGACCAAUGGAGACCCCAUUCAGUUCACUCACUGGAAUGCAAAAAUGCCUGGCCCAGAUCCUGGUUGUGUUGCCAUGAGAACGGGAGAUGCUGCUGGACUGUGGGAUGUUGUCAAUUGUGAGGAGAGGGUCCCCUUCCUUUGCAAGCAUUUGGCUGAAGGGGUGACGCCUCCUCCAAUCCUGAGAACAUCACCCCCUCCCCCAUGUCCUGAAGGAUGGUCUGCAAGUCCAACGAGGAAUGUCUGCUUCAAGGCUUAUAUAGGGAAGAAAGUUGAAAGGAAAACUUGGUAUGAGGCAUAUGACUUUUGUAAACAAAUUGGAGGAGACCUGGCUUCUUUUCAUAAUAAGCUAGAGGAACACUUAUUAAACCAACUAUCUCAAUCAGAAAGUGCCUGGAUUGGUUUGCGAAUUUCAGACUCUAGCACAGGAUACACUUGGACUGAUGGAUCUCCUGUAAACUAUGAACCAACUUUUACUUUGUCUUCCAAUGAAAAUAAUAAAUGCAGAGCACUAUGGAGAUAUAUUGGAGCUUGGAGAGCAGCAGUAUGUUAUCAGUUUUUUGAUUGGUUUUGUCAAAUUACAAGAGGUUCACCUUUAAAUCCAGAACCAAGCAACAAAUUUGAUUAUACUUAUAAAAACAUUGAAGAUGGCUGGAUUGAAUUUGAAAACAAUGAGUAUUAUUUCAGUAAUACAACAAUGCCUGCAGAAAAAGCCCGGAAGUUCUGCAAACAACAUCAUGGUGAUCUUACUACCAUUGAGAGUCAAAAGGAAAAAAUGUUUUUGUGGAAAUAUGCUAUCAACUAUGGAAUUUAUCAAGAUUCCUAUAUUGGUUUAAUUUUGAGUCUUGACAAAAAGUUUGGAUGGAUGGAUGGAACUCCAGUGACAUAUGAAGCCUGGGCCCCCGGUGAACCCAACUUUGCAAAUGAAGAUGAACACUGUGUAGUUAUGUAUUAUGACUCAGGUGUAUGGAAUGAUAUAAACUGCGGUGCUCAGAAAAGCUUCAUCUGCGAGAGGCACAAUAGCUCUGUCCGUACAACUGCAGCGCCCACAUUACCUGCAAAUCCAAAAGGGUGCAGUGAAGGCUGGCUUUGGUUUGAUGACAAGUGCUUCCAAAUAUUUGGCUUCAAAGAAGAGGAAAAGAAAAACUGGAGCGCUGCACGUGAUCACUGCAGGAAUCUAGAAGGAAAUCUGGCUAGUAUACCAAACAAAGCUGUUCAAGCUUUUCUCACAGUGCAAUUAAAAAGUGUUAGUGGUAAUACUUGGACUGGAUUGACUGACAAGAAUUGGAAUGGACGUUUCCUCUGGACUGAUGGGAGUGGAGUCUAUUUUACAAAUUGGGCUAAAGGGGCACCUAGUUUAAUCGAUGGUGACUGCGUUUUUAUGGUGACAAAACCUGAAAGGCUUGCAGGAUAUUGGAGAAUUGGAUCCUGUUCUUCUAAGAUGACCUACAUCUGCCAAAAAAAUACUGGUCCUGAACCUUACUCUGAACCAACAGUUCCAGCAUCUCACUAUAUCAGUUAUGGAAAUAGCAGCUAUUCAAUGGUUAGUCCCAAGAUGACCUGGGAAGAAGCAAGGAAGAAAUGUGAAUCUGAAAAUUCAAAACUUGCCACCAUUUCAGACCCCUAUACAGAAUCAUUCAUAUGGCUGCAAGUGUUCAGAUACAAGGAGCCUGUUUGGAUUGGACUAAGCAGCAAAGACAGUGAUUCUAGGUACAAGUGGGUAAGUAACUGGAGGCUCGCGUACACUAAAUGGGCUGCUGGAGAACCAUUGCAUAAGACAGCCUGUGUCUACCUAGACACUGAUGGUUUUUGGAAAACAGGAAAUUGCAGUGAAAAAUACUUCUCUGUUUGCGAGAGAUAUUAUGGUGUAGUGCCAACUGAGAUUCCACAAUUGCCAGGAAAAUGCCAAACCUCCAAAAACAACCGUAUAUCUUGGAUUCCUUUUAGAGGUCAUUGUUAUAAAAUUUACCUUACAAUGGAAACUUGGCCAGCAGCAUCCGUGAUUUGUUCUCAUAUAGGUGGCACCUUGGCUUCAAUCGAAGACUCAACUGAAUUACAAUUUUUACAAGAAGAAAUGGAAAAAUUUAGAUAUAAGGCAUUUUGGAUAGGCUUAUUCAAAAAUCUGGAUGGAGAAUGGAUAUGGCAAGAUAAAAGUAAAGUUACUUUUGUCAACUGGAAUGAACAACAGUUAAGAAAUUCUCUGCAUUUGGAUAGAGAAGAGGACAUUGACUUAUUUCUUGACAUGUGCGUUUACAUGGAUAGUUAUUCUGGUCUAUGGUUCACGGGAAACUGCGGAGGUUAUCAAUCAAAACCAUUUAUUUGUAAAAGAAACAAAAUUAUUGAAGAAUCAACUAUAAAGCCUACAGAAAUCUCAGUGCAGAAAAGAGUGGCAUCUCUAUCGACACAUGGCACAGCUGUAGGGGUAGUUCUCCCAAUUAUCUUCAUAGUCAUUGGUGCAGGAAUUGCAGCCUAUAUUUUCUACAGAAGAAGAAACAGACAACAACAAGUCUCUGCUGGAUUUGACAAUUCUUUGUAUAGCGACAAUGCGGUUAUUCUUCAUAAGGAUUCACAAUCUCUUGUAGAUAAUCAAGAAUUAAAUUAACCAAUAACUGUAUCUUAUCCAAGGAUAAAACCUAUUGGACACAAUACAUUCAAAAUUUAAGGUUUUGAAUUAUACUGUUCAUAAAUUAAUACUUUAAAAUAUUUGAAAAAAAUAAACCUUAUUAACAAUAUAUAUUGGUCUAACCCAUGAUAUAAAAA